AUGGUGCUUCAGCUCCGUGCUCGCGCAGAUACAGGAGCGCCCCCAGGGAGCACGGACUACACCACUCUCGUCCUUCUCCACGGUUUCGUGUGGCAUUCUGGAACAUUUGCGCGACUACUGCCUCUCGCGACCUCCUACAACGCCCGCGUCAUCCUUGUCAAUCGGCCGGGCUACCCCGACGCACCGCAGUAUACGGAUGAGGAGUGCGCUCUUCUCAAGGACGUCUGCGCUCUCUCCGACGACCCAACCACGCUUGCAGACCGGCAUGAUAAACUGUUGGAUUUCAUGAAAGACCGAGCACGCGAGGUCUACGACUUCCUCGGAGGCCUCGUCAUCGUCGGCGACGUCACCCCCGCGGACAAAGCGCAGAACAAGGGGGGCAUCGUCGUCGGGGGAUGGUCCUGCGGAGCCGCUUGGAUCACCGCCCUCCUCGCGUACAUGGAGACCUUCCCCAUCGACGCCGUCGACCUCAGCAAGCACCUCCGCCAAGUAAUCCUCCACGACCCCGGCAUGCGCGUCCUCGGCUACCCGACCGACGCCGUGCCGGACCCGUACAACCCCGCGCUCCUGCCCUUCCGCCCGGCGGACGACCGCGCCGCGGACGCGCUCUUCGCGCGCUGGGUGACUGGCUACUUCGCGCACGGCCCGACCCUCGACGGCUACGAGCGCCGCACGCCGCUCGCGCGCCCCGCGCCGACGAUCGCGACGAUCUCCGCCGCGGACCUCGCCGCGGUGUGCCACGCGCCCGCGGGCGACCCCGCGACGGGCGCGGACGUGCACCUCUUUGGCGCGGCGGUCGCCGCGGGGGUCUUCCGGACGGUGUGGGAGCGCGCGCUCGCGGUGGGGCCGCGUCCUGCAGGCGGCUGGGGUGCGGCGGUGGGGGUGCGGCUCGUGCUGUGCACGCGGUCGGCGUGGGAGAUGCCGUACGCGGUGGACUGCGUGGUGAGGGAUGUGGAGGCGGCGCGGGCGGAGGGGCGGCCGGUGAGGGACGUGGAGGUCGUCCGGGUGGACGGGAACCAUUUUGUGCACUGGGACCGACCGGAGGAAGCGAUGCGCGGAUUGCUGGCAUAA